AUGGCCCAAGAGAAAGUAGUUCGGUUUGGAAUCCUGGGGUGUGCAGCCAUAGCCACAAAACUUGCGAGAGCAAUUGGGAUGACACCCAAUUCCUCACACUACUACACAGAGGGGUUGUCAGUAUAUGCAGUUGCCAGUAGAUCAGUUGAUAAGGCCAACGCUUUUGCCUCUGCCAACAACUUACCUCCAGAGGUAAAGACGUAUGGAAACUAUGAGCAGCUUUUGGAUGAUCCCUUUGUAGAUGCAGUGUACAUUCCUUUGCCUACAUGGUUGCAUCUCGAAUGGGCCCUCAAGGCUGCCCACAAGAAGAAACAUAUUCUUCUGGAGAAGCCCCCUGCCCUUUGUGUUGAAGACCUUGACACCAUCAUAGAGGCCUGCAAUAACAACGGCGUCCAGUUCAUGGAUGGCACCAUGUGGAUACACCAUCCUCGAACUCCUAAAAUGAAGGCCUUUCUUCAAAAUCCAGACCUCUUUGGAGACCUCCGUUUUGUCCACUGUACUUUCACACUUGCCUUAUCUGGUAAGUUCUUUGAGGAGGACAUCCGAGUUAAGCCGGAUUUGGAUGGACUUGGUGCAUUGGGUGAUGUUGGAUGGUACUGUAUUAGGGCAAUUUUAUGGGCUAAUGAUUACGAAAUGCCUCAGAGUGUGAUUGCACAUCCAGGACCUGUUUUGAAUGAAGGUGGAGUGAUUACAUCUUGUGGGGCUACUUUGUCUUGGCAAGAUGGGAGGGUGGCAACUUUUCAUUGUUCAUUUCACUCUUGUCUUACCAUGGAUUUAAGUGUCCAUGGGUCUAAAGGAAUACUUAAUCUUCACGAUUUUGCAAUGCCCUAUGAGGAGAGCUCUGCAUCAUUUUUCUCUUCCACAAACAACAAGCUCUGGGAAAUGAACACUGUUUGGGGUCCAAGGCCCAGUGAGCACAGAGUUACAGCUGAAUUUCCUCAAGAGACUUUUAUGGUUCAAGAAUUCGUGAGGCUGGUUAAGGGAAUCCAAGAUUCUGGAGGAAAGCCUGAUUCUCAAUGGCCCUCCAUUUCCAGGAAAACACAGAUAGUGCUAAAUGCUGUUAAGACAUCUAUCCAGGAAGGCUUGAUUUCUGUUACACUGUGA